CAGCCAAUCGGCGCGGCGGAUUCCGCUCCUCCGCGCCGCCGAGGGCUCCGGCCGACCGCGAUGCUGAAGGCCAAGAUCCUGUUCGUGGGGCCCUGCGAGAGUGGAAAAACCGUUUUGGCCAACUUCCUGACAGAAUCUUCUGACAUCACCGAAUACAGCCCGACCCAGGGAGUAAGGAUCCUGGAAUUUGAGAACCCGCACGUUACCAGCAACAACAAAGGCACGGCGUGCGAAUUCGAGCUAUGGGAUUGCGGCGGUGACCCCAAGUUCGAAUCUUGCUGGCCAGCCCUGAUGAAGGACUCGCACGGAGUGGUGAUCGUCUUCAACGCCGACACGCCAAGCCACCUGAAGGAAAUUGACAUGUGGUAUUCCUGCUUCGUCCAGCAGCAGCUCCUACAGGACGCUCAGUGUCUGUUAAUCGCACACCACAAACCAGGCUCCGGAAGUGAUAAAGGAAACCUGUCUCUGUCUCCCCACUUGAACAAGCUGAAGCUGGUGCACUCGAACCUUGAGGAUGACCCCGAGGAGAUCAGGAUGGAGUUCAUAAAGUAUUUAAAAAGCGUAAUCAACUCAGUGUCUGAAAGCAGAGACCGGGAGGAGAUGUCGAUUAUCAACUGACCAGCCUCUAUCCGGACUCUUCCGCGUCACGUAUGGGGUCAGCUCAUUUCCCAGGGCAGAUCUUUAAUCUUGUCCGGCUACUGACGUGCCUCCCCAUGGCAGUGGAAGAGAUUUUCUUUGCCUGCUCUAAGGUACCGUCAGCCAGGGAGUUGAGUCCUACCGUUUGUUCUCUGUCCUUUGUUCUGUUGAAAAAAUCGUUAUUGAUUUCUGGGGGUUCCUGGGUGGCUUAGUCACUUAAGUGACUGACUUCGGCUCAGGUCAUGAUCUCACAGUCCAUGGGUUUG